GUCGGUGUCGUCAAACAUUGGCUUGCACGUGGCUACCAUCUGAAAUCAUUGUGUGAUUAUUAUUAUUAUCAUUAUUUCGAUUUUAAGUUAUCUGUCAUCAGCAUGAGUAUCCGUCAGUUUUUGCAUGCUUCUCACUGAUCAUAGUAGUAGUAGUCCACUGCUUUGAAGUAAUGUUCUCUAUGUGGACCAAACAACAGCCACCACGCCGGCAAGCGUUGAUACGCUUCAGUAUACAAGAACAAAUCAAAUGGUGUAUAGUAUUCCUUUUGUGGAUACAUUGUGGAGAGGCAAGAAGAGGAGAAAAACCACAAAUUAUUGAAGAACCAAAAUCAGCAACAACUAUUGUUGGUCAAUCUGUUCUAUUUGUCUGUCUUGUUGAUGGAAAUCCGGCGCCAAAAGUUCAUUGGAAGGUGUCUGGUACCUCAGUCUCUGAAUCAAGACUAGGCAAAACAUUUCGUGCACCACGUGGUUCAGUGCUGCGUGUAAGCAAUGCUCUACCAUCGCAUAAUGGGGCUAUUAUCACAUGUACAGCUACAAAUGCUCUUGGACAAGCUGAAAGUAGUGCCACACUGACAGUUUAUUCAGAUGAAUCUGCUGCCCCACCUGGUUAUCCACGAUUUUUAAAUUCUUUCUCUGUGAUUGUUGCACGUAAAAAUGCUGAAGUCGAGUUGGAAUGUCGAGCGACUGGUGAACCUCCUCCAAUCAUCACAUGGUUUAAAGACAGUGUACCAAUUGAUUUGCAUAAUCCAAGAUAUAAGAAAUUAGAUGUUGGCAAUUUACGUAUUCAAAAUUUAAUUGAAGAAGACGAAGGGAAAUAUGAAUGUGAAGCGAAAAAUGAUAAAGGCACUCGUCUGUCGUCUGGUGACAACCUGCUUGUCCGCGAUAACGUUGAGGCCAGUUUACAGAUGCUAGCGCCUAGUACCAAAAGAUUCCGUCCUCAUUUCACUCAGCUGCCUUCAUCUCGUCAGAUUGUACCGCCUGGUGGUCGUGUCACCCUCACCUGUACUGCUGUCGGUGCACCUGUGCCCACCGUUCAAUGGUACAAAGAUAAACAUCUACCACUACAACAAGGUCAGUUGAGUAAACAACCUCCAGGGACAGCAAAACUCCUACUAAAAGAUUUGUCAGAGUCGUUGAAUGUCACCUGUGUCGCGGAAUCAACAAUGGGAAGAAUUUAUCAUGAUAUACAAGUGAUUGUAAAAAAUCUACCUAAUCCUCCAGGUGAAUUUCAACUGAUGGAAUUAGGUGCUACACAUGCACGAAUUGCACUGAAGCCAAGCAGUAGCCCAUCGGAAUCUGUUAGAAACUAUUUAAUCCUAUGGCUACCCACCAGUCAGUUCAAUAAUGAAACUUUAUAUGAAUUGCCAAAUCAAGCAAAUCUAUUGAUCAGUCAAUCUGUGGAUCAAACUGAACCUUUAAUAUCAUCUAAUCCUGAAGAUUUAAAUCUUAUAAUUUUACCAAAAUCACUGAAAAAUCUAACUGGCCCUUCACUCGUGGGAAGUUAUCACCAAGCCUCAAGUAUUCGUGAUGCUGACGCGAAUCAACAAAGUCUACUGUCAAGUCAACCGGCUGGAUCCAAUCUUCUACAUAAUGUUUUAAUUAUCUCACUGACUCAAUUGAAACCGUAUACUGAGUACACUGUAUGGGCAAGAUGUGUUGGUCAAGAUGGGGACACGUCAUUACCAAGUGAAACAUUUUCAUUCACUACGAAAGAAAUCGCUCCAUCGAGUCCUCCACUACAUGUUCAUGCACAAGCUCUGUCCAACGCUGCUGUCACUGUCUACUGGGAUCCACCGAAUGAACCGAAUGGCAGAAUAAGAGCAUAUCGAAUUUACUAUACAAAUAAUCCUACAUUGGAGUUCUCUUAUUGGGAUACAAGUAUUGUGAAUUUACAAGCACUGAAAUCUCCGUCAGCGAGUAGCACCUCUGAAAGCAGAAGCCUACCUGGUCAUUUAUCGAUUUUAUCACAUCUCACUACAAAUGCUACCUAUUAUAUACGUGUUAGUGCAGUCAAUGGACAAGGUGAAGGACCGGCGUCAGAUGUAUCAGUUGUAAUUGUUCGUCCUGGAGUUUUAUCCCGACCCCAAAGUUUCAACGCUACAACUAGAUCAUCUCAUGAAGUCUACCUGACCUGGAAACCACCAAGUGAUGUUGAUCCUAAUCUGCGUCCAUUGGAAUAUUAUGAACUGAACUAUACAAAAGUAUCCGAUCUGAAAACAUCUGACCGUCUCAUAACAUGGUAUAAUCAGCCUCAACCACAAUCACAACCAAGCCACCUACAGUCACAACAACAACAACAGCAAUAUUCAAUGAAAGAUCGAUCAGAAAUAUCAAUAAGAAUUAAUUCAGUGACAACCAGUUAUUUAAUCGAUAAUCUAGAACCAGAUACACGUUAUGCCUUCAGUUUGGUAGCUGUCUCAAAAACAGGACCGGGAGUGAAAGCUUCAGCAUUUGCACAAACAAAUCCUUUCAUUCCUUCGGCGCCAAGUAAUUUAUCUGUACAAGCAAUUAGUUCAAAUCAACUUCAAGUGAAAUGGCAACGCCCAAUUUUUAAUAAUCCUCACCUUAAUAGCCAGUUAUCUACUUCACGUAUUGCAUAUUAUGAUUUAAAUUGGCGUCAAUCAGAUAGUGAAGGGAAUUGGCUACGUGGUAGUGAUACCUUAUCGGUGAAUCCUCAUCAAUCAUCAUGGGCAAAUCAACAAGGCAGUAAUCCUGCUGCACUGAAUGAAGCCAAUAAUUUUGGUAGUCUUCAAGUACCAGUUCAUAGAGAGUCAACAGGAAAUUAUACGACAACGUGGUAUACAGCGAAUAUCACUGGUCUACAACCAUCUACGUAUUAUGUUGUCCAGUUGAAAGCUGUUUCCCCAUCUGGUUCGGGGGAUAAAGCAACUUCAAGACCUGUAAAAACUUGGGAUGAACCUCCACCUGCUCCACAGAGAUUACGUUUACUCAGUCAAAUUAUUCCCCAGCUGAAUUUAAAUCAACCGCCACAAAUUUUGAUCCAUUUAUCCUGGGAACCAAUACAAUCAAUCAAUAAUGAUAUACAAAUUGACAAGCCAAUUGUCUAUAGAAUAAGAUGGCGGUUAGUUGGUAAUAGUUAUAGAGAACAGAAUUAUCAAGGACAGUAUCUAACUCAAAGAAGAAGACGAAGACGAAUGAUACCUUCAUCAUCUGAUAAAAGCUCUAUUGAAUCAACACUAUACUGGUCGAUUAUUGAUUCUGGUCAACAGCGUGAAGAAGGAGAACUUCAACGCCAAGGAGAAAAGAAUCCAUUUCAAUCGGAAUUACUUAUACCAGGGAAAUAUUUACACGGUGAAGUUAACCUGACUGAAACCACAUGGAAUUCACCAUCUGACAUAUUUUUGCUUGGAAUGACUUAUGAAUUUCGUGUGGCUGUAAUCACACCGUUACAAGUUGGCUAUGAAGCUGUUGAAACGUUGGCCUUAGAAGGAAGAGCCCCAAGUAAUACACCAACUUCCCUACAAGUGACCUAUUCCCUAGAUCAUAUUCUCCUUUCAUGGAAUCCACCUGAAUGGCUUCACAGACAUGGAAUAUUUGAAGCUUACGAGCUGAAGUGUUAUUCCCCUACAGUAGUCGGUUCAUUACAAUUACAACAAAAUACAACCAACAAUCAAGGCUAUGUGCUGCAGAGCUACACCAGUUCACAAUAUUCACGUUAUCAACAACAAAAUUUUAAUAUCACCCUGCUGAAUAGUCGUAUACAAUGGCCAAUCUCAGCACCGAAUGAUUUAGUCAAUAUUAUCCCAUGGCCAAAUGGACAGAUACAAUUGAGUAUACCACAAGAAUUUAGCUACAAGUACAGAGGAGAGGUCGAUAAUUCUGAAACCAAUCAGAAUGACAACGGUAAUAAUAAUAACAAUAAUAACGAAGUUUAUGCUUGUAUCAUUCGGGCAAGAAAUAUGUAUGGUACUGGACCAUGGUCGUUAGAGAAGAUAAUACUGCCAAGAAAACCAUCUGUCCCGCCUCCACCAGAAAAUAUACGUGCAAUAUUUAUGCAUAAAAACCUAAUACGUAUAAGUUGGUCCUUACCGCCAGACAUGAUACAGACAAUUUCACCGAAAUUAAUACGUAGAAUGAAGGAUAAAGAAUUGGAGAAAUUCAUCGCAUAUUCAGGGAAUAGUUAUUCACGUUUUGCUGUAUAUAUUAGUCCAAAGUUGAAAACCAAUUGGAAACGUUAUGUGACAAAAGGUCCAACAACUGAAAUUGUUUUGGAUGAAUAUAACGAAGAAACUGCUUAUCUAGUACGUGUUAGUUCAAUUAGUACAAAUGAACAUGAAAGUAAAUGGUCUGAACCGAUAUCAACACAACGUAUUAAACUCAGUCGACAAUCUAGUCUAUCCACCAAAGUAUACAAUUUACAAUGUCAACCAUUUUAUCGUACACAAACGAAUCUAUGGGAAUUACAACUGACAUGGGAAAUACCAAAACAAUUACAAAUUAGUCCACAGUUUGAGAAACUUUCACAUUAUCGAAUCAAUUAUACCCUGAUCAAACCAUCGACAACCCCCUCCUCCUCCUCAUCCAAGUACACAUCUGUCCACUUAUCUCAAAGCCGUGAAUCAUCUUUACACGUACUAGAAUCAUAUAAACAUCAAUUUAUACUCAGACAUUGGUUAUAUACAGGCGAAUCGAAUUCUGUCUAUUCUGUCUCUGUAAGACCAGUAUUCAAAGGACUACCCACUACUGAUGAAUAUAUCAAUGAACAGCCAUAUGGUGUUAUAGAGAGCACCUUGUGUUAUAUACCAAAGAAAGACACAAUCUAUGUUCCAGUCCCAUCGAUUAUAUCCAAUCCGUUAGUUGAUAAAUCAUCCUAUUUUCUGAUUGGUCUAAAUCUUAUCAAAUGGGUUUUCCCACUGAUGGCAACAACAACACCAACAACGACAAAAACAAGAACCCAAGAUAUACCGGUCAUCUAUGAGCUGAUAGCCUACAAACUGCCAAUACCACAGAAUUUACAUUCAGCUGAUGUGAUCAAAUUAGGUCAGUGGAAUUCAAGUCAAUUGACUGCUCAUACAACAAGUGAAUCACAACAACAACAGCAACAACAACAACAAGUAUACAUUGAAUUGAGUCAACCUUUGCAUGACACUUCGUUAAGAUAUGAAAAAGGAUCAGCUAAACGAUUGAUCGGUAAAGAAUUGCCAAGAAGUCAAGAUUAUGCAUUGUCUACAAGAGUUUGCUUAAGACCAAAUAAACAAUUCUACUCAUUAAGCCCUACAAUCGAUAGUCAUUCAAGACAAGAAGUAAUCUGUUAUGAAUCGAAAUGGCUUCAACCAGUUUCAACAAAUCGUCCUUCACCUUCAACACCAGUGAACGAGUCAUUGAAUCAACUGUAUGAUGAUACAAAGCCUUAUGAUCCAGAUAAAUUUCUAUGGUCAAGUAAUCCCUUUGGAUCACAAAGUCCACCUCCGUCAGAUGAUGCAACUGCUCAAGGACCUGGACGUGAAAGCGGUAUUGAGUCAAGUAUCCGUGAAAAUCGUCAGUCGAACGACAUCAGUGGGGUAUUAGAUGAACAAACUGAACGACAACUAUCAGAAAAUAUAAAAGUACACGACACUGGUGUUCCAGAUGAAGACAGAGAUGAUGGUGAUGAUGAUGACAAGUCCAUGCUGAAUAAUCUCCAAUUAUCUCCUAGCUUGUCACCGCCAUCGCAUAAUUCACAAAUGACACUUUUAACCGCUGGCGUCUCAUUGACAGCAUUAAUUCUUAUCUUUGGUCUAGUCUGUUUCCUUAUCAUCCUGUGCAAACGACGACGUCUAUCCGAUGUGGUUAUAAAUAAAUAUCAAAUAACUGAGAAUCAUCAUAAAACCGCUAUAUCACCAUCAGCAAUACAAAAUAACACCGACAAUAUUCAAUUUAAAACACGUUAUAAAUUAAGUUAUGCAAUAUUACGUCGAUUGGCAUUUCAUCGACGACGUAAAAGUCAACGAAAAUUGUUUAGUUCAUUUAAUCUAACUGAAAUGCAUUGUCCACCGCCAGGAAUUGGUAGUUCUAUCGCCGCCAAUCUUCAUUCCACUCCUCUGGCGUAUGAAUUUUCAGGAUACACGAAUCCAACAGCCAAUAAUGGAUUACUUUAUUCUCAAUCGAAUGGUGAGAUAAGAAAUUUCACUAAUUCUUUAGAUACUACUAACAAUAAUAACAGUAGUAAUAAUAAUACAGCUGCAGAAAUGAAUCCAAACUAUGCGUCAGAUUCACCGAAUACAACCCUGUGUCAAACUGAUCAUAAUAAUAUUAGUAAUAAUCCUUAUACACCAUCACGAUUGAAUCGUGCUGAUUCAAUUUCAAUGAGCUAUCGUCCAUGUCAGUUGAUGAACUCGCCACCGUCACCAAGUACUGUAUACAACAACAUUAAUACAUCUGGUUACAUGAAAUCUGGACAAAAUGAUUUAGGCAUUACUUGUAAUGGAGUUGGUGGUGCAUUGGGUAGUUUAAAAUCUGUGAGUACAAUGGGGUCAAAGAGUUUACAACCGUUGAAUUCAACAGAUUAUGCAGGUGGUAUGGCAUGUGGCAUGUUGUCACCGAUUUCUAAUGGACGUGGUCGAAAUAUGCUUAGUUCUAUACCAAGUCGACCACAAUUGUACAAGCCUAUUCUAGUAUCAAAUUUAAUUGAAUAUGUACAAAAUUUAAAAGCAGAUAAUGGACGUUUAAUGGCAGCUGAAUUUGAAUCUAUCGAUCCAGGCGGACCAUUCACCUGGGAACAUUCAAAUCGACCAGGGAAUAGAAAUAAAAAUCGUUAUGCUAAUGUUGUCGCCUAUGAUCAUUCACGUGUUAUCCUUCAGUUGAAUUCAGCUAUGGAACCAGAUUCUGAUUAUAUUAAUGCUAAUUACUUGGAUGGUUAUUGUAAGCAAAAUGCUUAUAUUGCUACACAAGGUCCACUACCGCAUACAAUUAAUGAUUUCUGGCGUAUGGUCUGGGAACAACAUUCAGCUAUGAUUGUAUCAAUGACACGAUUGGAAGAGAAAGCUCGUAUCAAAUGUGAACAAUACUGGCCUGGUAGUAUUGGUCUAACCACCAAUGGAAAUGGCGUUGCAGUUGUUGAUAACAGCUCCAAUAUGAAUGUUGGCGGUGGUGGUAUCCAUAGCAACAGUGUUCUGUUAUCGUGUAAACCAAGUCCAAGUAUAUCAUCACGGCUGAAUUCUUCCGCCUCUUUAACUUCAUGUAAAAAGGCGAAUGAUUUUAAAAUGAAAGUUUAUGACAAUAAAGGCAUCUUUCCUCCACCGGUGAAUUUUAGAACAUCUUUAGAACGAGGUAAUAUUGGUAAUAAUAAUCAUAAUAAUCAUGUUGAUGAUGAUCGCGACGAGGAUGAGGAUGACGAACAUAUCACACUGAAUGGAGGAGAUUUAAUGUUCACUAAUGGAUUUUCACAUUUAUCACAAGGUACAGUCAACUUUGGUGAUAUCUCAGUCAGUUUGUUAGAGACGAUAGAAUUGGCCUAUUACACUGUACGUUCAUUUGUACUUCAAAAAGUUGGAACUUCGGAAAGAAGAGAAGUUCGUCAGCUACAGUUUACUGCAUGGCCAGAUCAUGGAGUGCCAAAUCAUCCAGCACCAUUGUUAAUGUUUCUAAGACGUGUUCGAGCUGAAUGUCCCGCGAAUUCUGGUCCAAUUAUUGUACAUUGUUCUGCAGGUGUUGGAAGAACCGGUGCAUUUAUCCUGCUGGACAUCCUACUUGAACAAAUGCGUCAUGAAAAAGCCGUGGAUGUUUUCAGCGCAGUGAGUCGUUUACGCGCCCAACGUAACUUCAUGGUACAAACAGAAGACCAAUACGCAUUUAUCUAUGAAGCUUUAGUUGAAGCUGCAUCGAGCGGUAAUACAGAAAUACCAGUUCAACAACUGGCCAAUCACUGGACACGUUUAACCGAUUUGAAUCGUAUCAAGUGUCAAGAUCAUCAUCAAUUGAAUUCAUCGGAUCAGAUCAGUUUGUCAGUGAAAUCCUCUGUCUAUACAAAUUCAACAAUAUCAACUGGUUUAGAACUGGAAUUUUAUCAUUUGCUGACCCAGUCGAAUUUAACAAAGUUAAUUUCAUCAAUUCCAUCGUCAAUUGGACUGUUAUCACCGAUUGAUCCAAUCUCGAAUAAAGAAGAUGAAAGAGGCGGGAAUGGUUGUUCAAGUAUACCACGUCUACCACCUCCAAUUGGAUUGGGUAUGAAUAAAACUGGAUUGGCAGCAACUCUACCGGUUAAUAUACCUAAAAAUCGUAACCUGACGAUUAUACCGCAUGAUGCUAAUCGUGUUGCACUGAAAGCUGUUCGUGGUGUUGAUGGCUCUGAUUAUAUCAAUGCAAGUUAUAUCGAUGGCUAUAGGUCACGUGCUGGUUAUAUUGCAACACAAGCCCCAAUGAACAAUACACUAGAAGACUUUUGGCGAAUGAUAUGGGAGUCUGGAUCAUGUUUAAUUGUUAAGCUGGAUAGUACUCUGACACCAUCGAUUGAUGGUAAAUUUAUUGAUUCACCAACCUACUGGCCAAAUUUACAAUCAGCACGUCAUGGAUUCUUGGUUGUCGAUCCGAUAGCCACAUACACUAUGCCCGCCUAUAUUAUGCGUGAAUUACGUCUAACAGAUACACGUGAUGGCAGUUCACGGACAAUUCGUCAAUUCGAUGCGAGUUGUACAGCAAAUUCAAUUAUACAUCUUGAAAAACAAACCUGUGCCACAUCAAGUAAUAGUAGUGAAUUCCUCGUGGAAUCAUCCCCGUCAAUAACAACAACAGCAACAACAACCGGUGGUAUCGGCUGCAGUCGAGGAGCAUCACUAUCACCGAAUCCACUCCUUUUGGAGACAUCAUUUACAGAGGAUGAUUAUCUCCGUGUAAAUCAUAUACCCAGUCAGUUGUUGACAACAUUUCGACAAUGUUAUCAACCGUUGUGUGAAUCAAUGCUUGAGUUAAUUAGUCAAGUACAUAAAACUAAGGAACACUUUGGUAUGGAAGGACCAAUUACUGUACAUUGCAAUUUGGGCGCUGGAAUCACAGGCAUUUUUCUUGCCAUCUCACUUGUCCUGGAACGUAUGCGUUAUGAAGGUGUUGUAGAUAUGUUUCAAACUGUCAAACUUUUAAGAUGGCAACGUCCUGGUCUUGUACAAACUGCUAGUGAAUAUGCAUUCUGUUAUGCUACAGCUUUAGAAUAUCUUGAGUCUUUCGAAAGAUAUACAACAUAAUAAAUAAAUCAUUUUCGUUUUUCUAAUUACUAGUUACAAUUUAUACUACUGUUAAAAGAAUAUAAGUAGUUUGAUUGAUAUUGUCAAAAUUCAAUACUGAACAUUGUACAUUGAACAAACUAGGCGCCUUUUUUAAAAGAAAAAUUAAGGGGAAGGCAAUAAAUGACAAAGAAAAAUGGGAAACUCUAUUAAUUUGCCAACAUUUUUUCGUCUUUGUGUCUUUGAUUUUUCUUUUGUCUUUUUUGGUUAUAUUUCUUUCUCAUUGUGUGUUAUUAUUUUUGUACCUAUUGAUGACGAUGAAACGUUACCUUCAAUAUUCACAUCUGAAGUUAGAUAUCUAUCCCCUGUCAGCUUAAAUCAUGUCUUCCUUGAUGAUGAGUGUGAAUACAACACACUAUCACACACACACACAAUAUCCCCUUUCCCGUCUAUGUAUGUGUACAUAAUUGAAAAUAAUAAAUCGGUUUGUAUAGAUGAAAUAUGCGCAUAUAUACACACCUAUUUUUCACUUGCUUUAAACUGCUUAUACCCAUUUUAACCUUGAAUGAAGUGUAUUUUUUAGCUCCGACCGCCCCCCCCCUCGCACAGACACACGACACCUCAUCUUCUGUCUGUCUUUGUGAUCAUCUGUCUUCUUUCCUCCUCGAAGAAAUGUUGUUGUUGCUGUUGUUGUUGUUGAUUUCAUCGUUGUAUUUGUCGUCAUCCUCUCGCUGUCUGGUGCUGACUGAUGCGCACAAUUUUUGGAAAAGGUUGUUGGACUGAGGCGUUCUUUAAUUAAUAAGAAUGCAUGCAGAUUACUCCUCCCUUUCAAUUAUUUAUCACACAAAUAUAUAUACACAUUGUGUGGAUUGCAUUUAUAAGGAGGGGAGAGAAUAGAAGAGAACAUUGAGUCAUUCUCUCUCUCUCUUUCUCUUCCUCGCCACUGCUAACUUGCAUGCUGAAAGCGCAGAAAUAUAUUGUUAAAUUUCAAGAAUUUAGGCCUUAUUUAUUAUUAUUAUUACUCUUACUAUUAUUA